GCCGUGACAGUUGUCGUCCUCAAUCGUUUCCCCCAUCGUUAUCCUGAACGACGAGCAGCAACAUAUUUCUCUAUUGAAGUAAUUGAUAAAGCUCGCCUUGGGCGUAGCAAUAGGUGAACACGGGCGACAUGGCACACACGCAAUUGUUUACUACCAGUUCAGCCAGCAAGCAUAUCACGUCAAGUCAACCUCCCCAACCCAAACAUAGAACUCGCCACAGAUCUCAUUCAGACCCCUUCUCGGACCCAGUCUACCCAUCAAAGCCUGUUCCUCGCUUACCCCCAGAGCCGCCGUCUAAAUAUCCCCAAUAUAACAGACUAGCCCCAUCAACAACUAAACCUUCCCCACAUCGCGAUAAUACCAUCCAAGAAGCAGUUAGGGACACCGUGCAGGUCAGAGGUUUGGAUCAGUCUUCACGUGCAAGAAUGGGAAGAAGUCAAACUGCCCAGAAUACCACCCCAACCCGUCCUACAUAUACCGGUCGUCGUUCGUUAUCACAGGACUCCGUCCUUCACACAGCAAACGCUCUUGAUAAGGCCAAGGGCAAGGCACGAGGCAAGAAAGGGUCUAUGCAUGCAGACGUCAUAGACAGACUUGAUUUUACUGGCGUUGGUCCCAUGUUCCAUCACGAUGGUCCAUUUGACGCUUGUGCUCCUUCUCGUAAUCGCCAUCGAACCAAGGCCCCCAUGCUUGCCUGGAGCAGCGCAGGGGCAGAAGUGGCCCUAUCUAAUGAAUCUCCGUACCCCGCGCCUGAUGCUUACAAAGCUGCCUUUUCUACCACCUACCAGGCACCAAAGAAAAACGUCGAUGCUAUCGCAGAGGCUUGGGGCAUCCAUGAGCCGGAACCGUAUGAGGAAUUUUUUGCAGCUGGAGGCACUGCCAGACGUGAUGGUGACACACCGUCUAAUUCAAUAUACGCUGGGCGGGAGGGGCACGGGUCGCGGAACGGCACGCCGCAACAUUCCCUUGGCAAACGCUCCAAGGAUGGGCGUGACCUCCGUGAGGUCUACAGAGAGUACCUCGACGAUGACGUGAAGCAGAUGCAAGCGCGGGACCGGGAGCGCGCGGGUGAGAGAGAAGGAAGACGUGGCAGGCGCACUGGUAUCCCGCCUCCGCAACCUAUUCUCGUACCAGAAGCGCAGAAUACCGACUAUGACAGUGGACCAGGGUCUCCGUCAGCACUGCCAGGAGCGCCCAAACGCACCAAAUCAUUGAUGCAGCGCAUUCGCAAGAUGCGUGACUCGCCCAAUGUGCCCAUGGGUCAUGAUGAAGGUAUCGAGCCUCAAUCUCCCGCUGCGGAAACCCACCGGUCAUCGCGCCCUACACAUCGACCCCAGAAUUCGUUCCUUGGGCGCUUCGCCAACGGCACACACGUUGCCGGCCGUCCACACACCUCACCUCCUGCAGAUGAAGCAUAUGUAUACGUCGAUGAUCCACGUAGGGACAAGCGACUCCCUGCCACUCCUUACGCUCCAGCAACCACACGUACACCAUCCGGUGAAGACAGAUACGGCUACUUCGAAGGCGCCCCCAGUUCUCCGGGGUCGGGCGGCCUUGGGCGUAAAACUAGUUUAUUGAAGAAAGUGAAGGACGUGGUGAGGGGUCCGAAAUGAUCCUGAUCCUUGAUUCCUGGUGUACAGAAGUAUUAUUCCUCAUUUGUUCGCUAGCCCCAUACGCAUGUCCUUUCCUAAAUUUACGACUCCUCUAGUUGUUGUUCUUUCUUGCACUUUACAGUCAUGAUCGCUGGUCUAUUUCUCUUGUUUCGUCCAAAGCUUGGACGGGAUGUUCCUAUCGUUUUUGUGUUUUUCCCCCUUUGUCGACGCUCCUGACCCCAUGCUUGUAUCCAUUACGGUGUUUGUAAUCUUCAUAUAAGUACUCGCGAGUCAUCGAGCAAGUUGUAUGUAGGUUUAUGAUCGAGACAGUCUAUCUACUGUGCAUUUUUCUACCAUGCCCCCCUAGGCCUGUUAU